GUAACCAUAACAUAGUCUGACCAAUACCUGGGUGGAAAGGGAAGGUGUGAAAAUGCAUGUCCUGGGUAUAAAAAUGGUACUCGGUGCAUCUAUCUGUAUCUACCCUUCAGGAUUUCACUGAUUUCACCAUAAUUCAGUAAAACGAUCGCAUAUCCUAAAACUUCUAAAAUGGCUCUCAACGAAACCGAGAUGAAAGCCAUCAAGAUUGAGGAAACUGAAGAUAGUGGUGUUUAUGACGUAAACUCCUCUUUUGAUUUGACUGCUUCAUUCAACUCUUCAGAGUCUCGACCCCGAGUGCCCGACGAAGUGCGCCUGCGCAUCAAUAACAGAGAACGACAACGGAUGCAUGAACUCAAUGAUGCUCUAGAUGAAUUGAGGCGAGUGUUACCCCACUCUAAUGGACCAUCCAGGAAGAAAUUGUCUAAGCUGUCUACACUUGUACAUGCAAGGAGUCACAUCAUAUCGCUGUCUCGCUCCAUAGAAGAAAUGAAAACCAUGGUUAAUUCCUUGUCAAAGAUAGAUCUACAUGGUGAAUUCUACGAUCACGAAGAAAGGAGAGGAUCAAAGUAUUUAAACCAUUCCAGUGCUUUCGUUCCCGCAGGACCAAGGUACUCGCCGUAUACAUCGACACCAAUUAAAUCCGGACUGGGAGAUUUCCAAACACCACCAACUCAGGGAGCAAAUACCUUACCACUACUCUUAAAGCUUCAGGAAUCCACAAUUAAAAGAAAAGAAAACACGGACCCUUAUAAACUCAAAGAAAACGUAAAUGACUCGUUUAGUUUUGGAAGGCUAGAUUUCUUGAGCUUGCCGCUGGGCGACAGGACAAAUUCAUCUUUAUCUCAAUACAUGACGGCACCUUUAGAUCCGAUCAGAAGAGAUGUCCCGGAAGUCGUCCAUGCAGCUUCCGGUUUCUUCACUCCGACCAAGAACCAGAACUCAUCACCAGCAAAGCCUGUUCUCAAGUUUUCUGUCGAGUCAUUACUCGGACUGUCAUCAAACAAAAGUGAAAACUUUUGUGAUAAUUCUGUUAUGAACGAUAAAGAAAGUGAUUUAUAGUGCUUAUACCAGUGUUUUAAUGCUGAGAACGACAUGUUUAUGUAAA